CUCAAUCAGGGCUCAGAGGGGGGAUGAGCAGCGAGGCACCGAGCGGUGCCCGGCGCUCUGCGCCGGAGCGCGCAACCGGGGCGCACGGGGGCGAGGAGAAAACCCCCUCCCGAGCCCCCGGGCGAGUGGGGCCGGCCGGGGCUGAGCCCUAAAGCUCGGGGGAGGCCCCGGCAGCGCCUCCCCGGCUCCAGCCCCGCAGAGGGAGGCGCUCGGCGCCCGGCCCCUCCGCCGCCGCCAGCAGGAAGCAGCGCAGGCGGCGAGCCGCUCCCUGCAGCAGGUUCCUAAAAAUUAGCACUAUGACUGAUGGAGACUACGAUUAUCUGAUCAAACUCCUGGCCCUUGGAGACUCCGGGGUUGGCAAGACCACGUUCCUCUACAGAUACACCGACAACAAAUUCAAUCCCAAAUUCAUCACGACAGUAGGGAUAGAUUUUCGGGAAAAACGAGUGGUGUACAAUAGCAGAGGAGCAAAUGGAUCUCCAGGAAAAGCCUUCAAGGUGCACCUCCAGCUUUGGGACACCGCUGGACAGGAAAGAUUUCGAAGCCUCACCACAGCGUUUUUCAGAGAUGCUAUGGGCUUUUUACUGAUGUUUGAUCUCACCAGUCAACAGAGCUUCUUAAAUGUCAGGAAUUGGAUGAGUCAGCUGCAAGCCAAUGCGUACUGUGAGAACCCAGAUAUCGUGUUAAUUGGUAAUAAAGCGGAUUUAUCCGACCAGCGGGAGGUAAAUGAAAGGCAAGCGAAAGAUCUGGCGGACAAAUACGGCAUCCCCUACUUCGAAACGAGUGCUGCUACCGGCCAGAACGUGGAGAAGGCCGUGGACACGCUGCUGGACUUGAUAAUGAAACGGAUGGAGCAGUGCGUGGACAAGACGCAGGGCUCCGACACGGCCAACGGGGGAAGCUCGGGGAAGCUGGAUUCAGCAAAACCGGAGGAGAAGAAGUGUGCCUGCUAAAGCUCGCCCCGAAACUGUGAGGACCGGUGCCAAGAGCGCACCCGCACGUGGCUGACCCACCGCCAAAUUCAAUCCCGCUCCGUCGAGCCGUGCACAGCAGCUCCAUCGUGUUAGUGGGAUCGUGCGUUUUUUAUUUUAUUUUUUUUUUUCCUCCCAAGAACUGGUUGAAAAAGCUCCGACCUGUGUUGCGGUGAGGCUCUUGCGCUGAAAUCGUUGUUCCCGAGUACGGUGUCAUCGUCCUGAGUGAUUCUCCCACCUGCUCUUCCCCGCUCCCGUGCCCUCAGCCCCUCGUCUUUCCUUGUCGGGAUGCUGAACAGAGGAAAGUAGCUCUAUCCAAAAUUAUAUAUAUUAAAAAAAAAAGGGAGGGGAAAGAAUAUAUUGUCUACAUCAGCUGGAUAUUGAAAUUUUAAUGGAGGUGGGUGCUUUUCUAGGUCUGUGCCAUUUUUCCACGGAUGUUUUUUUUCUUGAUGGUUCUUAAUCUGCAGCAGGGAGCGUGUGUUUUGUAAAAUAGAGAGAUGAAAGGUGGUGUGUGGCCUCUGAAGAAAAACUUUGUUGCUUGAACAGAGUGCAGAGCUCUGAAGCUGCUUGGGGUGGUGUCUGUGUGUGUGUGUUUUGGGCUUUUGGGCAGGAAGAAGGGCAUUUAAUUAAAAAAAAAUACAAUAAUUAUCAGGGAAUUGUGCAGCAUUGCUGACGUUGCCAAUAAUCCAAGCAGGGAUUGGAGCAUGGCAGGAAAAAAUAACGGAUUGAGAGGGAUUCUGGCACGGCAGGGACAGUUUGUAAAGAUGAGAAUGUAACGCAUGGGAACAUUAAUAUAAAUUAAUUAUAUUUUAGGAAGCAGCUUUUGAAUCUUGCAGUGGGCAGAGGUUAUUCUGCUGGUGUGCUGCAGCAGUGGGGUGGAUCGCAGGGAUUUCUACGGGUGAAAACCACUUUAAGUGAAAUAUCACGCUGCUUAUCACGAGCAAAGAUAAAUACAGGACAAAGCAAAGCAAAAUACUAUAUUUGUAAGUAAAGAGAUCAGUUUUCUAAACCAGGUUACAGCAUGGAGUUUCUCCCGUCCUUUUUUUUUAUAGGAUAGGGGUUUGGGUUUUAUACAGCCGGCAGUUAAAGGUCUAUUUGUGGUUAUUGUGCUUUCAGCUACUUAAAAAUCAUUCAGGGAUCCCCUCAAGGGAUCCACAUAGGAAUAAAAGGGAAAUGACUCCAGCAAAAGUUUUGUUCCUUGCUAAUACAGGAAGCUAAUUAUUAUGUGUUGUUUUUUUU